AUGUCCCCAUUGUCAUGCGCUCAACAUUCUCUUGAGGCGUUGAACAGAACACUCAAAGAUAUAAAAAACAACGACAAACUAUUCGGCGGCACUCUGUUACUCCUUUCAGGUGAUUUCAGACAAAUACUUCCAGUCAUUCCACGUUCAACGUACGCUGAUGAGAUCAACGCUUGCUUGAAAUCACCGCCACUGUGGCGUAAUGUUGAAAAAGUCCAGCUAUAUAUAAACAUGCGCGUCCAAAUGCUAGAAGAUCCAUCCGCUGAGACAUUUUCGAACCAAUUGUUAGAUAUCGGCGAUGGAAAAAUUGCUGUCUAUGAAAAUACUGGAUGCAUAAAAUUGCCCACUAAUUUCUGCACAAUUGUUGAUUCCCAAAAUGCUCUCAUUGACAGCAUAUUUCCCGAUGUAGGCACACAAUAUAUAAAUCAUGCGUGGCUGGCAGAAAGAGCCAUUUUGGCAGCAAAAAAUGUGGACGUCGACGAUUUAAACUUCAAGAUACAGCAGUCAUUGCCACACGACUUGGUAUUAUACAAAUCGAUCGAUACAGUUUGCGAUGCCAACGAAGCUGUAAAUUAUCUAACAGAGUUUUUUAACUCACUGGAUUUGCCAGGCAUGCCACCACACCUUUUACGACUGAAUGUUGAAUCUCCGGUUAUUUUACUUCGGAAUUUGAACCCAGCACGGCUGUGCAAUGGCACGCCAUUGGUCAUUAAAAAAUUGAUGAAAAACAUUAUUGAAGCCACUAUUUUGAAUGGCAAAUUCCAAGCCGAAAAUGUUUUGCUGCCACGAAUUCCAAUGAUUCCCACAGGCGUGCCAAUUGAAUUCAAACGGGUUCAAUUUCCUAUUAGAUUGGCAUUCGCAAUGACAAUCAACAAGUCGCAAGGCCAUACGAUGUCUAUUUGCGGUUUAGAUUUGGGCACAUCAUGUUUUUCCCACGGAUAA